AUGACAGGCCUACUUUCCUGGGAAGUUUGGGUCGAGUGCCACCUCAACAACUUCUCCAAGCUCGACUCUGCCCCCUCUGCGCCGUGCUACAACAAAGUCCUGCUCGUGGGCUUUGUCGACCUGCCUCUUUGCAUCGACCCAGCUGUUGACAACAUUCCAGAGGAACCGAGCUAUCCUUUGCCAAAAGGCCCAAAACAUCGCUUGCGGUGGUGGCGUCGUCGCCAGUGUGCUACGUUGCCCCAGCCGAUUUUGAAGAAUAAGGUGAAUGCUAACCGGGACAUCGAGCGCCAGCUCGUCAGAGAGAUGGACAGCGAGAGCUUAGAGGAGUUUCUUGCAAAGUACGAGUCACCGGUGUUGGCGGUGCCUGGCCAUGUGAGAGCACGUUUUGCAAAAGCCUCAGGUUGA